GGCUGUAAAGAACAUUAGGACGGUGCUAAGGAUGACAAGAACCGGCGCCGGAAGCUUCAUUUAGAUUAAUGUGAAACAGCUUUGUUUCGUCGUUUAUACUGCAUUGGGGAGGCAAAGGGUGCGCUUUGGGUAAAGGCUGAUCGACCACCUGCAUACACCGUGGCGCAUUAGAUUAAUCUCCCGCAGCUUGCUGCGUGUGGGUAAUUGUCCUGGAGCUAAUGCACUCUUCCCCAUACUGGUGGCGGUGGAUGCGCAGGAGGAACCGAGGUCGGUAUGGUAUAUGGAUAUUGUUCGUAAUGAGAGGGAGGGUGGAGACAUCGCUAAUCUUGUCUGUAAUAUCUGGAUAGGGCCGAGGGAAUUGGGAAUUUGGUAUAAGUAGGCUGAGGCUUGACAAAAUAUUGAGGUAUCUGGCCACCAACGUUCUCUACAGUCUCCAAGUCAAGUAACAGUCUCGAUAACUCGAAUUCACCAUGAAGCUUUCUCUCAUCACCAUCUUGUCCGCCACCGCGCUGGUUUCGGCUGCGCCUUUCGCUGAGCCCGAAGCCUUCCUCGAUGAGCGCCAGGCUGCUCAGAGCAUCGAUGCUGCAAUGAAGGCAAAGGGCAGGAAGUACUUCGGUACCUGCUCCGACCCAGGCCGCUUCAACAGUGGAAAGAACGGUGCCAUCAUCAAGGCGAACUUCGGUCAAAUCACACCCGAGAACUCCAUGAAGUGGGAUGCCACUGAGCCCUCGCGUGGUUCGUUCAACUUCGGCACUGCCGACCAGACCGCCAAGUUCGCAAAGGACAACGGCAAGCUCCUCCGCGGUCACACCACCGUGUGGCACUCGCAGCUGCCCAGCUGGGUUUCGUCCAUCAGGGACAAGGCCACCUUGACCACUGUCAUGCAGAACCACAUCAGCUCUUUGAUGGGCCGCUACAAGGGUCAGGUCUACGCCUGGGAUGUCAUCAACGAGAUGUUCGAGGAGAACGGCAACUUCCGUGCCAGCGUCUUCUACAACGUCCUUGGUGAGGACUUUGUUCGUAUUGCAUUCGAGGCUGCCAAGGCUGCGGACCCGUCUGCGAAGCGUUACAUUAACGACUACAACCUGGACCAAGCUUCCUACGCGAAGACCCAGGCCAUGGUCAGGAACGUCAAGAAGUGGAUCGCUGCCGGCAUCCCUAUCGAUGGUAUCGGUUCCCAAGGUCACUUGCAAUCUGGCCAGGGUGCCAACGCCCCAGCUGCCAUGGCCGCGCUUUGCGGAGCAGCUCCCGAGUGUGCGCUCACCGAGGUCGACAUCCAGAACGCCCAGCAAUCCGACUGGACCAACGUUGUCAAGGCUUGCUUGAACCAGAGCAACUGUGUUGGUAUCACCGUCUGGGGUGUCCGCGACUCCGACUCCUGGAGGCCUCAGGGCAACCCGCUUCUGUUCGACUCCAACUACAACGCCAAGACUGCUUACAACACUGUUCUUGCUGCUCUGAAGUAA